AUGAAAAAGAUAUCAACCUUUUUAAAGAGGAAGGAAAGUGAACAUAGAUCAAAGCAUGCCAGCAAUAGCAGCUCUGGGAGUUCUCCAAUCUCUCCGAAUCAUCAAGGCUUUGUGAUGGUUGAACAUGAAGACGCCAUUCUAAUUUCUAAAAACAGCAGCACAACAAGUUCAACAGCUGUGGAAUGGAAUGAAAAGCUUGAAGAGGAUUUCAAGCAAUACUUGGACAAAACCUUCAAGAAUCAAACUGAAACAAUAGAAAAGUUGAUGGCCCUUCCACCAAAGAAAAAGAUGGAAAUUCUCAAAUUGAAGCAAUCUCAGAUCAGUUCUCAGAACAAUAUCUUACUUCACUUGGAAACAACAAUGAAUAACAUCAAACAUCCGCUCUCCACCUUGACACUACAUACGCAACUGAAGGAAUUGAGAGUUGUCUUGUCAAACUAUGCCGAAGCAGAAGAAGCAUUCAUCAAUAGAGGUGGUGUUGAUUUCACCAUGAAAUCUCUUUCCAAUAAUCUCGGUAAUCUGAAUGGAGCUGCAGACGAGAAUAACAAACUCUUGUUUGCUGAAAUUACCAUCUCUAUUAUUAUGAUCUUGACUCAAAUUUGCAAAAACAAUGAAGGAUUGGAAAAGUUUUUAGAAUAUCCAAAUAGUAUUGAAGAAAUCUCCAAGGCUCUCUUACUGGAACAUGAAGAUAAGGGUCAGAGGAACUCGAUAUAUUUCCUAUUGUCAUCAUUGUGUUUUUGUAGGGAUGGUACCUACGUUCCACAAGUUUAUGAAUCUGUUAAGAAUUUGUCAAAAAUUAGAGGUGAAGAACAAUUCUUAACUGUUGUGCAGCAUUUGAGAGAGGCCAACAGUUUAAAGAGCAGAUACAUCAUUCUGGCCUUUAUCAAUAUUUUGAUGAGGCAAGCUCCUGUUCAAUUCAGAAGAGAGCUAAAGCAACGAUUUAUCAGCGCAGGUGUUUAUACUGAGGUUAAAAAACUGGAAAAGAUUAAAGUGGAAAAUAAGGAUACAGAGGAUGCCCUCAAGCUAAGCAACCAAAUAGAAAUUUUCAACAAGAUUAUUUCUGGAGAUUUAGAAGAAGAUAUUUUUGAUGAUUUGAGAGAAAUUGUCGAAGAAUUAGAAAAUUCUAAUGUUCCUCUAGCUGAGGGAAUUAAGGCAGUUUCUGAAAAGAUAUCAAGUUUGGAAUGGGUCAAUGAUAUCAAAAUAAUUUUGGAGGGAAGUGAAUCUGUAAACUUGUUAAAAGAUAGAAAUCUCUCACUUCAAAAACAAGUGGAUACCAUUACAAAAGAUAAUGCACAAUUAAAAGAUCAAAUGGAAAAGCUAAAAGUCAGAAUUGAAGCUUUGGAGAAGGCACCACCAACAGUUAUUGUGAAAAAGGUUGCAGUUGUAAGACAAGUUGGAGAAUUGAAAUCGUCUGGUUCCGGUAGUAAUCUUGCAGGUUUAGUGGAAUCCAAUUCACCGACAACAUCACCUCCUAAUAUUUUUCCAGAUGAUACAGUUCCCUCUUGUAACAGCUCUGUUCCACCACCUCCUCAAGCUAGCUCUGUAGUGCCUCCACCUCCAGGAAUGGGAGGUGUUGUUCCUCCACCACCAAUUGGUUCAAGCUCAGUUCCUUUGCCUCCCAUGACCAUCAGUAGCUCUGUUCCUCCUCCACCUGUGGGGUUCAAUAGUUCUGUUCCACCUUCGUCAUCUAUUCCUUUACCACCAGUAAUGGGAACUGUUCCACCAAAUUCUGCCAUUCCUUUGCCACCAGGAAUGAAUAGCUCUGUUCCAAUGCCUCCAGGUAUUCCUGUACCACCAGGAAUAGAAAUGCCAGUGGUAGGAAGUACUGUUCCUCCUCCUCCAGGUUUUGGUGGCGUUCCUCCUUCUGGGAAUGGGAGUAUUGUUCCUCCACCGCCUUUCUCAAAUGUACCAAUGCCUCCUGGUUUUGGAGGUGUUCCACCUCCUCCUGGAAUGAAUGGUACUGUUCCAGUUCCUCCACUAGGAGUGGGAAUGCCACCCCCACCAAUGUUUGGAUUUGUACAAACACCACCUGUUAUUGCAAGUGCUCCAAAACUUCCAGACAUACCUAAGAAGAAGGCUUCUGUGCCCACUAAGGACGUAAGACUCAACAAACUAGAUAAUAACAAACUUCAAAAGUCUGUUUGGAUGAAGAAGAACAUUCAUGCCAAGUUAUUCGAUAUUGAUAUUCCAGAAAAAGAAUUAGAAGAUAUGUUCGCUCAAAUUUCUAAAUCCCCUAGUGUAGGUUUAACUCCAGAAAAGUCAGAAAAACCAAAGGAUACAACAAUAAGUUUAUUGGAAGGACCUAGAUUGCAAAACGUUUCCAUCUUUAUGAAAUAUCUCAAGAUGCCUUCAACUCAGUUGGUUGAAAAGAUAAUGACCAUCUCUGAUGAUUUUAAUGAGGAAUCAAUUGGAAAAUUGUUGAAUCAAGUUCCUAAUGAAGAUGAAAUUCAAAGACAAAAUGAUUUUGAUGGAGAUGAAGCCACAUUGAAUGAAGCCGAUAAGUUUAUCAGAGCCAUGAUGAAGGUUCCGAGACUUGCUUCCAGAUUGAAAUGUUGGAAUUUCAAGUUGAAAUAUGUUGAAACAAAGGCUUGUAUCAACCCAGACUUGGAAACCAUCAUUUCAACAUGUGCUAGUUUGGUAGAAUCUGAAAAACUUCAAGAAUUGUUUGCUGUCAUUUUGGCUUUCAGUAAUUACCUUAGCAGGACUGGUAUCCAUGGAUUCAAAUUGAACUCUCUCCAAAAAUUAAAAGAAACAAAAGGUAAUGCUAAGAACAUUACGCUCCUUGAUAUGAUUGUCAAGCAUAUUACAAGUGCAAAACCAGAUAUUCUCAAAGUUAAAGAAGAUUUGAACAUGUUGGAAAGGGCUGCCAGAGUUGAAAUGCAAACAUUAGCAGACAAGAUUGACAGUAUGGAAAAGUCUAUUGCUCUUCUGAAAACAGAGAUUCAAUACUAUAGUAAAAAUCCACAGCCAAACGAUAGAUUCUUGGAAGUUUUUGGAUCCUUCCUGAAUGAAUGUGAGGAUGAAAUGAAACUUAUUAAGGAAAAGCAACAAAAUAUGGAUAAUCAAAUUUCAGGGGUUGCUGAAUUCUUGGGUGAAGACCCAAACACUGUAAAGAAGGAACCAAAGGAAAUGUUUUUAAUGUUAAAUUCAUUCAUUACUGACUUGUACAAAUCAGUAGAUAAUUUGAAAAAGGAAGAAGAAAAGAGAAAGAAGGAAGAAAGCAAGCUUGCUAAGGAGAAAGACAAUCGUCCAUCAUCCCCUGUAGUUACAGUUGGUGGAUUGAAGGCAUUUAAUUCAUUCAGAACACCAUCUAAAGUUCCUCUCAUUGCUGAAAAUGCAGAUGUUUCUGUAACACCAAGCAGUCCUGUAACUCCAAUUAUUAUUUCCUUACCAGAUAGUGAACCAAGUGUGGAAAUCACUUCUCCAAGUACACCAAUUCAAGAGAAGCAAAAUGAGCCAACUAUCGAAUUAACCAAGAAUGGACAUGAUUUGCUUUCACCUUCGAUGCAAAUGGGUAAUUCUUUCGAAGAAAAUAGUCCAUCAAGACGUAGUGGUCACAUUAGAAAUCCUUCCAUUCUCAUGUCUCUUGAAAAGUCCCUAUAUGAAGGUUCUGCCUUAUUGUCCCCAUCUACAAAGACAAGAAAGAGAGGUGGAGGAAUGAUGACAGGUUUAGAUAUGAAUGAAUUGAGUGCUGCAUUAAAUAAAAAAAAAAUUUCGGAGGCAAGUGGAAUUGAUUUUUCAUCGGAAAUUGUUUAUUGGAUUGGUGCUAAUCCUCAUGGUUAUUGGCAAGAUCCAUCCAAUUGGGAAAAUCAUCAAAUUCCAACAAUGAAUCAAACAGCAAUUAUUAAACAUUCCAAAUUGAGAAUUUUACCUGAUUUGGAUGUUAUUAAAGUGAAGCGAAUAAUUGUGGAAAGUAAUAUUGCCACAAAUCAAAGCUUCAAACAAGAUGAAAAUUUAAUACUCAUUGAAAAUCCAAUUCUCAUUUCGAAUGGCAUUGAAAUUGGUGAAUUUUCAAAAGUGAUUUUCAAUGAAAAUGUUGCUUGUUUGGAAGAUUUUAAUUGUCAAUUGAAUGUGAGAGGAAAAGUUGAAGUUUUUGAUGGUGGAAGGGUUGGUUAUUGGAAUGAGAAAUGGAAUGGGUUUCGAAUGGAAACUUGUUUGAAGAAUUCGCAAGCUUCGUUCAAGAUUUCGAAUAAGAAAAUCAUGUGGAAUGAAACGAAAUCAAUUGAGGAGUGGAAAGAUUCUUUGGACGGAGAGUUUGGGGAACUUUUUGCUAAUCAUGAAAUUUUACUGUUUGUUCCCUCGACUCGAAAUGUUAAUGAACAAAUUUCGAAUGAAGAAUUGGAAACUCUAUUAGAAAGGAUAAUUUCAGAUAUUUCUCAUAUUGUUGGAGGGGUUACUCUCCAUCCGAAUCAGAAAGGAUAUUGGUUGAGUGAACGAGAGGGACUUGUCAGCGAAUUAGUUAACAUUAUUUCUGUAAGCGUUCCGGAUAAUUUGUUGGUCGAAACAAAACGAAAGAAUAUUGUGGAGAAUGUUAUUUUUGUUGGCUCCGCGCAUGAAAUUAACAUUGGAAAAAGAGAGAGAAAUCAGGUACUUGAGAGGGUGAAGAGAUUAUUAGGUAAUAACCCACAAAGAAGUGAAGUUGAGUUGCAAUAUUUUUCGAAUAGUAAGCAAACGCUCAAUAAGAAAGAAACCGAAAGUGAUGAACAAUCAGAAACUUCAACAAAUAAGCAAAAGAGCUUUUCUUCGAUGAAUGAGACUUCUACCUUCAUAAUGGUCGAUCCAAUUAACAUUUUUGAUGAAGCAUUAGUGACAGUUAAGAGACAACUCAAAGAAGACGUGUUUCCACUUUUUUUGAGAAGUGACAGAUUUCUGACAUUUUGUAAGAAGGCAUCGAGAGAAACUCUGGGAGAGAUUGGUUAUGAGAGAAGACAGUGUCGUCAAUCUGGCAACGUUUCUAUUGAAGAUUUUUGGAAAUUUUACAGAGCUGAUUGUGAAUCUCUAAAUGUCAAUGGUCAAGAUGUCAAAUUUUUAAGCUCUUUAUCAAUAGAUAGUUCUGAUUGGACUCUAUUAGAGCAAGAAUACUUUAAAAAGAGUUGUUUUGCAACAUUUGUUUCAUCUGAAACUCAUUGCAUGAUUAGACCAGAAACUUCCGAAUAUAGAAAUCCAAAUUCACAACAUAUUUACAAAUGUACAGGUGUCAUUAAUCACUCAACUGAGAAAGUAUUGAAAGCUCUGACAGAUUCUCACUUUAUGGCCACUUAUGAUAAUAAUUUAGCUGUUUGUGAAUGCAUUGAUUUUGUAAAUUCUCAAAUUCAAAGCAAUUCUCUUCCUGAAUCAUUAUUCGAAUUGGACGAAACUGUUCAAUUCUCCUCCUCUAUCAUUCUACAAAAUUAUCCUUUCAACUGGCCACUUUCUGGAAGAGAUUUCCUCACCAGUCAAACAGAUGUCUAUGAAAAAUCCACUCAACGUUAUUUCAUUCUCAUCAAAUCUGUCAACCAUCCACUUGCCAAACCAAAAGAAGGAAGUGUCAGAUCUUAUCUUGUCGGUGGUUGGAUUAUUCAACCAAUUUCUGAUGAAUUCUCACGAUAUACUUUGGUCAAUUAUAUGGAUGUGAAUAUGAGUGAAAAAUUAGUUCAGCAAUUUCAACUGAGGAGAGGAAAGAAAUUAUUCCAUUCGUUGAAUAAGAUAUUGAAAGAGAUGGACAGGAGUUCAAUGAAUGAGGUGAAUGAUUCGUGUGGUUUAUUGGAAACUUUGGACGAAUUUUUGGAUUUAUACGAAAUUAACAUUGAUGACCAAUAUAGGAAAGUGAAGAAACUAAACAAGAUGGAAAUGAAGGAACUUCUCACUCCAAGAAAAACUCACCUCGCAAGCACUUCUACCUCAAAUCUCGACCACCUUUCGAAUAAGAUUAUUCGAUUGACCUACAUUUCCAAAUGUAAGAAAAAUUUCAAUUCUACAGAGCUUGACAAGAUUGCAACCACUGCAACUCGAUUCAAUUCCAGUAUCAACGUAACUGGUCUCCUUCUCUAUUGUAAAGAAGGAAUUUUCUAUCAAGUAUUAGAAGGUGAAAAAGAAUUAGUUUCAAAUCUAUUCGAAAAGAUUAAGAAAGAUUCGAGACAUUUCGAUGUGAAAUGUGUCAAAAUGGAAACAGAUUUAUGUGAUCGUGAUAGACAAUUCAAGGGAUGGGCCAUGAACACAGUUAACUUGGAAACGUCAGAUCAUUUCUUUGCUGAUUUUAUGAAAGAAUUAUUAGUGACAGUUUCAAAGAUGGAGCUCAAUAACAUGACAGAAGAUCAAGCUGUUGGGUUUAUAUUCAAGACAUCGAGGCAGAUGUUUGAGAAGAGUAGGGAGAGCGGAUUUGUUUCGAGAUUAGGUUCUUGUUUUUGUAUGAAAUAA